AUGAACGACCUCUUUUCGGGCUCCUUCUCCAGGUUCCGCAGCGAACCCGCCAACAACGACGAGUAUGUCAUCGAGAUGUCGUUGGCGACGGCGUCCAGCACCGGAGUCAACCUCGACAAGUUCUUCGGCGACGUCGAGUCCGUCAAGGACGAGCUCAAGGAGCUGGAGCGCAUCCACCAGAACCUCCAGUCUGCUCACGAGCAGAGCAAGACUCUCCACAACGCCAACACCGUCAAGGACCUCCGAUCUCGCAUGGACGCCGACCUCCGAGCUGUAGAAAUGAUGAAAUUUGUGAUCUUUGAUUCGCAGGUAUACACCGUCUCCGACGAGAAUCCCGACGAGAAGAAGCUCGACCUCCUUAUCUCCACAGAUUUGCAGGGCAGAGCGAGGGGGACUUUGGUGGUGGUCUGGAAGAGAGGGGGGAGGGUGUUUUAG